AUCGAGCGGCUUCUUUCGUUGUUUUUUUAAUUCUUUGAAGAAGCUCUUCGUUGUUGGUCAUGCCUUCCAACGAGCUCCGCAAUCACCGGCAUGGAUGUGCUCCACCUUCUUCAAUGGUUUCCUUCUCGUCCCUUGAGCCUCUCCCGGCCCCGCUCUCACCUACCUGUUGCCUCUGCCGCUGCCGCGAAGAAAUCAGCGCUGCCGCCAGACGGAGCUCUCAAGGGUGGAUGGGUUCUCAAGAUAUUGCGAGUGGGAUCACUCUUCGCCGAAGGUGAGCAGAAGAAGAGGGAAGCCAUUGAUGGCGCUUUGGAGGGUGAUGAGAUGGAGAUGGACGUGAAUGGUGAUGAUCGGUGUGUUGAUUGUGGGUGUGCUUGUGGAGAUGAAGAGACGACUGCGGAGUUUGAUAGGGAGUCUUUCUCGAGGUUGCUCCGAAGAGCGUCUCUUAUGGAAACCAGACUCUAUGCCAAGAUGUCGUAUUUGGGCAGCCUUGCCUACUGUAUUCCACGGAUCAAGUCAGAACACCGGCUCAGACGCCAUGGAUUGCGCUUCGUCACCUCAUCAUUUGACAAGAAGGAAGCCAAAUCUUUAGCCGCUGAGAAGGAAGGGACACUAAUUCAAGAUUCACAGCCAAAGGAAAAGACUCCUGCAACUGCAACUGCAACCAAGGAAUGUGUGCAUGAACAUAGAAAAGAUCGUGAAAUUAGCGCCCCUGCAGCCUAUCACAUUGCAGCUUCAGCUGCUGCUUACCUGCAAUCUCAAACAAGGGGCUUUCUUCAUUUGAGAUCUCCCAAUGUUAAUGUAGGCAAGGAUUCACCUGAACUCGGCAUCAAUAAUGAAGGUAAAGAUGAGGAGAAUAUGACUGCUAAGAUGGCGUCUUUCAUUGCCACCAAGGAUUCAGUUACAGCAAUGGUCGCUGGGAAGGAGGAGAUGAAACAAGCGUUGGCCAAUGAUUUAAGUUCAUCAAAUUCAUCGCCUUGUGAAUGGUAUAUCUGCGACGAUGAUCAUAGCGGCACUAGAUAUUUUGUUAUUCAGGGUUCUGAAACACUAGGCUCUUGGCAAGCAAACCUUCUGUUUGAGCCUAUUGAAUUCGAGGGAAUGGAUGUUCUUGUGCAUAGAGGAAUCUAUGAGGCUGCCAAAGGAAUCUACUCGCAAAUAUUACCAGAAGUUCGACAGCAUUUAGAAUCACAUGGUGACUCUGCUACCUUUCGAUUCACCGGGCAUUCUCUUGGUGGUAGUCUCUCUAUGCUUAUUAAUCUCAUGUUACUGAUUAGAGGUGAAGUACCAGUUUCAUCCUUACUGCCUGCUGUAACCUUCGGCGCGCCAUCCAUCAUGUGUGGCGGUGACUACCUUCUCCGCAAGUUAGGCCUACCUCAAACUCAUGUCCAAUCUGUAAUGCUACAUCGAGACAUAGUUCCUCGAGCCUUCUCUUGCAUCUAUCCAGACCACGUUGUCGAUAUUCUCAAGGCGAUCAAUGGAAAUUUCCGCCAUCAUCCAUGUCUCAACAAGAAGAAACUGCUGUAUGCUCCAAUGGGAAAACUAUGGAUCCUGCAACCAGAAGACAAGUUCUCACCACAGCACCACCUUCUCCCUGCUGGUAGUGGCCUGUUCCUUCUUGAUAGCAAUUCAUCAGCAGAUUGUGCUGAUGCAUUGCCGUUGUUGCAGUCUGCUUGGUUUGCAUUCCUGAACACACCGCACCCUCUCGAGAUCCUUAUUGACCGAAAUGCAUAUGGUUCUAGAGGGAGUGUGAUCAGAGACCAUGAUGUGCAUGGCUAUUUGAAAUCUUUGCAAGGUGUGAUCCAUCAGGAGCUUAGGUUCAUCAGAACAACAAACCGGAAACAGGGUCUUCGUACUGGGUUGAGCUCUAAAAGUUUCGGAAUUUACAAUGCCAUCUUUCAUGGAGGAAAGGAGACAUUGAAAAGAUUAAGCAAGCUGAUUACAUCUCAGAGCAUGCAGAUAUUAGUUAUUUUUUUAGUACCUAUAGGAUUAUUAUUUUCUGGGGCAUUAGUGGUUGCCAUUUUGGUUUGAUCUCAUUGUUGAUAAUUGAAAAUUUUUCAUUGGUUUACCAUUAUAGGUGCAAUUUUUUUCUUCUUUUCUCCUGUGCAAAAACGAGGAGGAUAGAACAUGUAAACAGGCACAGUAUCACAAAUUUUAAUUACUAUUGUGGAUUUCAUUGUGCAA